UCAUUGACUUUUCCCACGCUUGCCUUUGUCCCGCCGCCUUGCUUGACUCGUUCCCGGAACAAUGCAACCCCUUGAUUCCGGUCGUUUCUCUUUCCCAGCCGAAUGGCACCCCCAUGUCGCAACCAUCCUGGGCUUCCCAUCGAAGGCGUCCUCCGUCGAGUCUCUUUACGAACCACUUUGCAAUGAGAUUGUGGACCUGGCCGCAGCCAUUGCCGACUUCGAGCCGGUGCGUCUGCAUGCUCGACCGGAGGAUGUUCCUGCUGCCCAAGCCCUGGUGAGCCGUAAGUUACGCGAUCCCUCGCAGGUCACUAUAGUCCCUGUGCCCAUCAACCACUGCUGGGUCCGCGAUACGGGGCCCGUGUACGUGCACGAUGCUACUGGCCAGAUGGACCCGAAACAGCGACUGGCCAUCAGUUUUGAAUUCAACGAAUGGGGCAACAAGAACGGAUGGGCCGGAGUCGACGAGUAUCGGUAUGGAACACCCGCCAUGACUGCGGAUAUUCUGCGCGAGAACACCGAUUUUGCCCGGAAUGUCAUUGCCGCUGACAAUUCACCCUCACCGGUGCAGACAGUAGUGUCGCGCAUCCGUGCCGAGGGUGGCGCCCUCGUGGUCGAUGGUGAAGGCACACUCAUCAUUGCGGAGAGCUGUAUGGUCUGCCAGGAGCGCAACCCGGGUCUAUCGCGCGAUGAGAUCGAGGCCGAGCUGCGUCGCGUGCUGGGAGUGGAGAAGGUUAUCUGGGUCCCCGGGCGCAAGAAUCUCGACAUCACGGAUUCGCAUCUUGACGCUGAGGUGCGAUUCCUGCGGCCAGGAGUUGUCGUCUGGUCGAGACAUCAUCCUGAUUCGGACCAGGACUGGAUAGACUUGUCAAACGAGGUGCUGGAGGCCCUGCAGAACCAGACAGAUGCAAAGGGGCGAAAGCUGGAGAUUCACGCGGUGGACGAGCCGCCAAUGAGCGCGUUACCGUGUGAAGAAGACGAUGAGUUUGUGUCAGGAUAUGUUAACUUCUACUUCUGUAACGGAGGUCUCAUCAUGCCCGGGUUUGGCGCGGAGGGGUGGGAUCGGAGAGCGAAGGAGACGCUGCAGGCGUUGAUGCCGGAGAGAGAAGUGCGGCAGGUUCAUCUCAACGCGAUUCCGCUCAGCGGAGGCGUCAUCCAUUGCGUAACUCAGCAGGUGCCUGCUCCGUUGGCUUAGGAAGCGUUCUGAGAGAUGGCAACUAGCCCAGUCGUUUUGUUUAUCGCACCAUCCUUGCUUGAGAAAUGAAGUUUCCCG